ACAUGGCGACCUGCAUGAGUGUUGUUACAAGAGUUAGAGGCGCGCUGUCAGUGCUACCGCCGAUAGGCAGACGGUGGCCCUCAAGGCGCAGUAGCGCCGCUGUUGUCCCGCACCGCCUCCGGCACGGAGCCCGGAGCAGUCUGUACGAGCAUGUCCGUGAAGGCUACAGCGACAAGCCCGAGCUGGACAUGAGGGCGGUGUGUGAGGAGACCGACAAAGUCAUCGUUAACGUGGAGAGCAGGAAGGGAGACCUGCGAGGAGACGAUGUCCGGAAAAUUGUUGGUGUGUGGCAAGAGCUCCAGGCAGUGAGGACAGAGAUCUCUGAGCUGGAGAAGGAGAAAGGAAGCAUCAGUGAGACAGUUAAAAACCUGGUGAGCCAAAAUGACAAGAAAGCCCUUGCUAAUCUCCCAGAGUACACCCAGGCCCUGCAGAGGGGCCGCGACAUCCGCGUCAGAUUGAACCAGCUCUACCUUAAAGACACUGAGCUGGAUCAGGAGCACUACAGCCGAGCGCUACGUCUGCCCAACAGCACCCACCCUGAUGUGCCAGUUGGAGAUGAGAGCCAAGCGAGGGUGGUGGAGUAUGUUGGAAAGAAAGCAGAGUUUGCGUUUAAGCCUAGAGGCCACGUCGAGCUCGGGGAGGAGUUGGGCCUCAUCAGACAGAGGCAUCUGUCUCACAUUUCCGGACACCGGUCGUAUUAUUUGAGGGGAGCCGGGGCCAGGCUUCAAACCGCACUUCAGAACUUUGCCCUCGACACUUUGCAGCGACGGGGCUUCAUUCCAUUGGUUGUGCCAGACAUGCUAAAGGGGGUGGUGUUUGAGGGUUGUGGGAUGCAGCCAAACGCUCAGCGCUCUCAGGUCUACUCCUUGGACCCGGCACGUUUCCCAGACCUCAACCUGGCUGGAACGGGGGAGGUGGGGGUGGCAGGCUAUUUCAUGGAUCACGCAGUAAACUGGAAGGACCUGCCUGUCAGGACGGUUUGCAGCAGCACCUGCUACAGGGCAGAGACGGACACCGGCAGAGAGACAUGGGGCCUUUACAGAGUUCAUCACUUCAAUAAGGUGGAGAUGUUUGGUGUGACGGCUGAUGAGACGGGAGAGGAGAGCUCCCAGCUGCUGGAGGAGUUUGUUUCCUUGCAGAAGGAGAUGUUUUCUGCCCUGGAACUGCACUACAGCACCCAACCUGUGUUUACUCUGACUAUGAUGCAUCGCUCAUGUCUGACCAAAACGUUUCUCCUGCAGCUCCCAGAGUACACCCAGGCCCUGCAGAGGGGCCGCGACAUCCGCGUCAGAUUGAACCAGCUCUACCUUAAAGACACUGAGCUGGAUCAGGAGCACUACAGCCGAGCGCUACGUCUGCCCAACAGCACUCACCCUGAUGUGCCAGUUGGAGAUGAGAGCCAAGCGAGGGUGGUGGAGUAUGUUGGAAAGAAAGCAGAGUUUGCGUUUAAGCCUAGAGGCCACGUCGAGCUCGGGGAGGAGUUGGGCCUCAUCAGACAGAGGCAUCUGUCUCACAUUUCCGGACACCGGUCGUAUUAUUUGAGGGGAGCCGGGGCCAGGCUUCAAACCGCACUUCAGAACUUUGCCCUCGACACUUUGCAGCGACGGGGCUUCAUUCCAUUGGUUGUGCCAGACAUGCUAAAGGGGGUGGUGUUUGAGGGUUGUGGGAUGCAGCCAAACGCUCAGCGCUCUCAGGUCUACUCCUUGGACCCGGCACGUUUCCCAGACCUCAACCUGGCUGGAACGGGGGAGGUGGGGGUGGCAGGCUAUUUCAUGGAUCACGCAGUAAACUGGAAGGACCUGCCUGUCAGGACGGUUUGCAGCAGCACCUGCUACAGGGCAGAGACUGACACCGGCAGAGAGACGUGGGGCCUUUACAGAGUCCAUCACUUCAAUAAGGUGGAGAUGUUUGGUGUGACGGCUGAUGAGACGGGAGAGGAGAGCUCCCAGCUGCUGGAGGAGUUUGUUUCCUUGCAGAAGGAGAUGUUUUCUGCCCUGGAACUGCACUACAGAGUUCUAGACAUGCCCACUCAGGAGCUGGGUCCUCCUGCGUACAGGAAGUACGACAUCGAAGCGUGGAUGCCAGGGAGGAACAGCUAUGGAGAGAUUUCCAGUGCCUCCAACUGUACAGACUAUCAGAGCAGACGCCUCAACAUGCUGUAUGAGAGGGAGGACGGCAGCCUGCAGUACGCCCACACAGUGAACGCCACGGCGUGUGCGAUUCCUCGAAUGAUCAUAUCAAUCCUGGAAACCCACCAGACCAAAGAUGGAACAGUGCGCGUUCCUCGAGCCCUGCAGCCUUAUCUGGGUCUGGAAGUGAUUGAGAAGCCAAAGUACACGCCGCUGAAAUACAUCGGACCCAACCAACACAGUAGACCCCCCAGGCCUGGUCCUAACAGAAGAUGAAAGUCCUGCCAGCAGAAGCUUCUGAUCCAUUUCCGAUCAAACUGAGCAGUUCCUGCACAGAGAAAAUGGGGUUGUUGUGUCAUUUUUCUUCAAAUAAAAUAAAACAUACUUGAAUCUUGAGU